AUGAGUCGAGUGUGUAUCGUGGUUUUGGAGGAGGUGGAAGAUGAGUGUCCCGCGUUUCUUCCCGCCUCGCCCCAGGAGAUCGAGCCUUUGCGUCCCUCGGCGCCCGGGACCGCGCUGCCACCUUUGGUUCAAGCUAUAUUUAAUGGAGAUCCCGAUGAAGUUCGAGCGCUAAUAUUUAAGAAAGAAGAUGUUAAUUUUCAGGAUAAUGAGAAAAGGACCCCUUUACAUGCUGCUGCCUAUCUGGGAGAUGCAGAAAUUAUUGAACUACUUAUUUUAUCUGGAGCUAGAGUUAAUGCCAAAGACAGCAAAUGGUUGACUCCUCUGCACAGAGCUGUGGCAUCCUGUAGUGAGGAUGCUGUUCAGGUGUUGUUGAAACAUUCAGCGGACGUCAACGCUCGUGAUAAAAACUGGCAGACCCCCCUGCAUAUAGCAGCUGCAAAUAAAGCUGUGAAAUGUGCUGAAGCUCUGGUGCCUCUCCUAAGCAAUGUAAAUGUGUCCGAUCGAGCAGGUAGAACUGCUCUGCAUCAYGCAGCCUUCAGUGGGCACGUUGAGAUGGUCAGCUUGUUGUUGUCUAGAGGGGCCAAUAUUAAUGCAUUUGACAAGAAGGACAGACGAGCUAUACACUGGGCAGCCUAUAUGGGUCACAUUGAAGUUGUGAAACUCCUUGUGGCCCAUGGAGCCGAGGUAACAUGCAAAGACAAGAAAUCCUACACACCCCUGCAUGCUGCAGCGUCUAGUGGGAUGAUCAGUGUGGUCAAGUAUCUUCUAGAUCUGGGAGUUGAUAUGAAUGAACCAAAUGCCUACGGAAAUACCCCCUUACAUGUAGCUUGCUACAAUGGGCAAGAUGUUGUAGUGAAUGAACUCAUAGACUGYGGUGCUAAUGUAAAUCAAAUGAACGAGAAGGGUUUCACACCUUUGCACUUUGCUGCUGCAUCGACACACGGCGCGUUGUGCUUAGAACUUCUGGUCUGCAACGGAGCAGAUGUAAAUAUGAAGAGUAAAGAUGGGAAGACACCUUUGCACAUGACAGCAAUCCACGGUAGAUUUUCAAGAUCUCAGACCAUCAUUCAAAACGGAGCUGAAAUAGACUGUGAAGAUAAGAAUGGAAAUACUCCUUUGCACAUAGCAGCUAGAUACGGCCAUGAGCUAUUAAUCAACACGUUGAUUACAAGUGGUGCUGACACUGCAAAGCGGGGUAUACAUGGGAUGUUUCCUCUCCAUUUGGCAGCAUUAAGUGGAUUUUCAGACUGCUGCAGAAAGCUGCUUUCAUCAGGUUUUGACAUCGACACCCCRGAUGAUUUUGGCAGGACUUGUCUUCACGCAGCUGCAGCGGGAGGGAAUUUGGAGUGCCUAAACCUUCUGCUCAAUACUGGUGCAGACUUCAACAAAAAGGACAGAUUUGGGAGAACUCCACUCCAUUAUGCUGCUGCCAAUUGUAAUUAUCAGUGCCUGUUUGCCCUUGUGGGAUCUGGAGCUAGUGUGAAUGACCUUGAUGAGAGGGGUUGUACACCUCUACACUAUGCAGCUGCAUCAGACACAGAUGGAAAGUGCCUGGAAUAUUUGCUAAGAAACGAUGCCAACCCUGGAAUCCGAGACAAGCAAGGAUACAACGCGGUCCAUUACUCUGCGGCUUACGGUCACCGCCUGUGUCUAGAAUUGAUCGCAAGUGAAACGCCUCUAGAUGUUCUAAUGGAAACAUCAGGUACCGACAUGCUGAACGAUUCAGACAACAGAGCACCCAUAAGUCCACUGCAUUUAGCUGCAUACCAUGGUCACCAUCAAGCUCUGGAGGUGCUGGUGCAGUCCUUGCUGGACCUUGAUGUGAGGAACAACAACGGGAGGACGCCGCUGGACCUUGCUGCCUUCAAGGGGCACGUGGAGUGUGUGGACGUUCUCAUUAAUCAGGGAGCCUCAAUCUUGGUGAAAGAUUAUGUUGUAAAGAGAACCCCAAUACAUGCUGCAGCUACAAAUGGUCACUCGGAAUGUUUGAGACUAUUGAUAGGAAAUGCAGAACCACAAAAUGCAGUGGACAUUCAAGAUGGAAAUGGACAGACUCCUCUGAUGUUGUCAGUUCUCAAUGGGCACACGGACUGCGUUUAUUCACUCCUUAACAAAGGAGCCAAUGUAGAUGCCAAAGAUAAGUGGGGAAGGACGGCCUUGCAUAGAGGGGCCGUGACCGGGCACGAGGAGUGUGUGGAAGCGCUGCUGCAGCACGGCGCCAAGUCCCUGCUGCGGGACUCGAGGGGACGGACCCCCAUCCACCUGUCAGCCGCGUGCGGACACAUAGGCGUGCUGGGCGCCCUCCUGCAGUCGGCCACGGCCGUGGAUGCGGUCCCUGCCAUCGCAGACAAUCAUGGCUACACCUCCCUGCACUGGGCCUGCUACAACGGUCAUGACAGUUGUGUAGAGCUCCUGCUGGAACAGGAAGUUUUCCAGAAAACAGAAGGAAAUUCUUUCAGUCCGUUGCAUUGUGCUGUGAUAAAUGAUAAUGAAGGUGCUGCAGAAAUGUUGAUUGAUACACUAGGUGCUGGUAUUGUAAAUUCAACAGAUUCAAAAGGAAGAACUCCUCUUCAUGCAGCAGCCUUUACAGAUCACGUGGAGUGUCUCCAGCUUCUGCUGAGUCACAACGCUCAAGUAAACGCGGUAGAUUCCUCUGGGAAAACACCCUUAAUGAUGGCUGCAGAAAAUGGACAGACAAACACAGUUGAGGUGCUGGUUAGCAGUGCUAAGGCUGAUCUGACUUUGCAAGACAGGUCUAAGAACACAGCACUCCACUUGGCUUGCAGCAAGGGUCAUGAAACUAGUGCCUUGUUAAUACUGGAGAAGAUUACAGAUAGAAACCUCAUCAAUGCCACCAAUGCAGCCUUGCAAACACCUCUGCAUGUUGCUGCUCGGAAUGGACUAACAGUUGUAGUUCAAGAACUUUUAGGGAAGGGAGCAAGUGUACUUGCUGUAGAUGAAAAUGGUUACACGCCCGCCCUGGCCUGCGCCCCCAACAAGGACGUGGCCGAUUGCCUGGCGCUCAUCCUGGCCACCAUGAUGCCCGUUUCGUCGAGCAGCACGCUGCCGUCGCUGACGUUCAACGCCAUCAACCAUUACACCAACACCUCAAAAACCGUCACCUUCGAUUCCCUGCCCAUCAUGAGGAGUGACCACAGCUCUUACUGUAGCUUCAACAACAUCGGCAGGGAAGACGGCUACCCCUAUACGGAAGAGGACGAGCUCAACGACUCGGAUUCCGAGACCUACUGAAAGCUACGUCCUGUGGGUCGGGAGAGGGAGCCCGAGCGUUGCAAGAUCCGACUUGUGCUCUUGGGGGAAAARAAACGCAGACGGAGUUUGAAUACAAAAACAGGACAGGCCUUUGAGAAGAUGUUCUUUUUUGUUUGAUUGAUUGUUUUUUUUUUUAUUGUGGUUGCAUAUAAAAAAGCCUGUGAGRCUCUAGGAGGAUUUUUAAGAGAAUAUUUUGCAGAAGAAGCCUAAACUCUUGAAUAAGUACUUGGAAUCCAUGGCAAAAAAGUAGAAUAAAGAAUGUCAAAACUGUUUUAUUUGAUUCUACCAUUCUAUUUCUGGUGCCAGAAGAAGUUUCUGCAGACUGGGCACCCUACUUGAUGUAAAUGAACAACACUAUUGUACAACACAGAGGAUGUUAGGUUUAAAUAUUAUCGCUAAAACUAAAACCAUUUUGAAGGCAAUAAAUGAGUUUGGUACAGGAGGCAUUGUUUGUGCUGCAAAUUGCCAAAGGACCAAAUAACUUAAAGAUUUUUUUUUAAUUAAAUACCUUUUUUUGUGGAAACUGGAACAGGUCAAUUGAGAAGUUAUUUUAACCAAACCUUAACUACUUCUGAGAGAGAAGCUUAGAUUUGGUUUUAAAUGUGUUUUUUGUUUUGUUUUGGGGUUAUUUUUAAUCAUAUGAAAGCCUUCCAACACUAUUAAAUGUACCAUAAAAAAGAUGUAUUUUAAGUUUUGUUUUCUUUUUCUUUUAGAUGAAAUGAAAAUGAACUUGUCAUACUUUUAUAAUACUAAAAUUAAACCAGCUAACAAGGUGGAGUCAGGGUGAAACAUGUACAGUGUAAGAAACAAGGGAAGGGGUAGGAGUUCUGGGAGGGAAGCAGUAAUUGUUGCACUGUUUUAGAUUUUUUAACUUUUGGGUUUGGGAUUGAGAUUUUUUUAAUUUAAAAUACACGAGAGUAACUUGGAGUACGAGACUGCAUAAAAAAAAAGAAAUGAAAUGUCUUGAUAAGCCUGUUGUGACCGAGUUCUUUUCAACCCUUUGUCCACUUCUUACAUCAGAAACUCGUACUUAGGAUUAAAUUUGUAUGUCCCUAUCACUUUUGCUUUUUCUUUUUUUUUUUUUUUUUUUUAAACCUUCAAGGGGUGGGAAGGGGAGGUGAAUUUAAAAGUAAGUUUCCCUAUUAGCAAAAGGUACCGUGUCUGGUCUGUGGGAAGAGCUGUGUAUCUUUAUUGUGCUCCAUUUAGAAAAUAAUCAGAAAAAAAACAGGUCCCUGUAAAGUAGUUCAGACUUGCCCGGAGAUUUUAUUUUUUUCUUAAUUUAUAACAGACUACUGUGGUUUUUCAGUUGCCUGAAGAAAGACUGACAUAAGUAAACUGAAGUUUUGUCUGUUAAAUAUGAGUAUUUACUUUAUUUGGUUCUGCUUUAACUAUAACUGUUACUUUUCAAGUGAAAUUGUUUAUGUACAUGCAAGGAAUACUUGCAUGUCCUGGAGAAGUACAAAUAAAUUACUACAAACUGAGUUGAAUUUCCUUUUUAUCCUUUUUGUAUUGUGAAACUGGAAAUCUUUAUGAUACUGUAAAUUAUCAGCUGGUUUUUCUGAACAUAGUGUGGAAACACGGGACAAUAUUUUGAUCUAUUUGAUAAUUUUGUGGGGUUUUUGAAGAAUUAAUGAGCAUGUACAUAGAAAUAGUGACUGCUUGAAUACUGUAUUUACCUGCACUCUU